AUGGGGGACCCCAAGGCGUGGAACCCCAACUACGGCGUCGUCGGCAGCGGCGACCGCCGCCUCGCCUACUCCCGCCACUUCUCCCUCUCCUCCGCCUCCUCGCCCCGCCCCGGCCUCGCGCGCUCCGACUCCUCCAUCUCCAUGCCCGUACCCUACUCGCCCUUCCCGCUCCACGCCGCCGCCGCCCCGGCCAACGCCGACUUCCGCUUCCGCUGGCUCGCCACCCGCCCCAUGCGCCGCCUCGCGCUCCUCCUCGCCCUCAACGCCGCCUACUCCGCCGUCGAGCUCGCCGUCGGCCUCCUCACGGGCCGCGUCGGCCUCGUGUCCGAUGCCUUCCAUUUGACCUUCGGCUGCGGCCUGCUCAGCUUCUCCCUGUUCGCCAUGGCCGCCUCCCGGACCAAGCCAGAUUCCCUCUACACCUACGGGUAUAAAAGACUGGAGGUCCUGGCUGCCUUCACGAAUGCCCUGUUCCUGCUCUUCCUCUCCUUCUCCUUGGCCGUUGAAGCUCUGCACUCGUUUAUGCAGGAUGAAUCUGAGCACAAGCAUUACCUCAUUGUCUCUGCUGUCACAAACCUUUUCGUCAAUUUACUUGGUGUUUGGUUCUUUCGGAGCUAUGCUCGUGUUAACAUAGUUUACAGGAAAGCAGAGGAUAUGAAUCAUCACUCCAUCUGUUUGCAUGUUCUGGCAGAUUCAGUACGGAGUGCAGGCUUGAUACUAGCUUCUUGGUUUCUGUCAUUGGGGGUUGAGAAUGCAGAGGUGCUGUGCCUGGGAAUUGUCUCGGUCGCAGUGUUCAUGCUUGUUCUGCCUCUGUUCAAAGCUACUGGCAAUAUCCUGUUGCAAAUCGCACCUGGCAAUGUAGCACCUUCAGCCUUCAUCAAGUGUGGCAGACAGAUUACAGCUUACGAGGAUGUCUCUGGGCUAUCCCAGGGUCGAUUUUGGGAGCUUGUACCUGGCCAUGCUGUCGGUUGCCUCUCAGUUCAGGUGAAGAAUGGCGGUGAUGAUCAGUCAGUGCUCAAAUACGUUCAUGGAUUGUAUGAGGAUCUGGGAAUACAAGAUCUGACCAUCCAAACUGAAGGGUCAUAGAUGCUCUCUAGUGUAGAUUCAUAUACGUGGUAGAAUAGACCAAGAAAAUCCUGGAGCUGCCUUUUGUUUAUUUGUGCUAGUGUAACUGAUCAGUUGUGGCAGCUGGUGUUGUGAAAUGGAAACGGUUUUUCCUGUGGGAAGUAUUGUGAAUCUUACUCUGAUUAUGGAGAUCGGUAGCUUUAAAACAAUAUUAUGCUGAAACUGCAGAUCAUU